AUGAACGAGAGUCUGCUCGACCUUGACGACGAUGUCGAAGUGCUGCCUCCAUUUAGCUUAGCUCGGCUAGACGACUUCUGUCCUUUUUCGUGGGCACCUCCUUUCUUCCCGUCUACAUCAUUGACCCAAACGACAGCCGGCAAAGGCCCGAGGAUGCUGCAAACAACGACGACCAAAGGACCGGGCGACCAGUCCGUCUAUUUGAGGAGAAGCGUUGGCUCCAUCAUGGCGAUCAAGACUCCACAUCGACCCGACCUUCGCACCGCUACAUUCAGGCCAGAUUGCCUGCCAUCAUCCGGGCGGGAGACGUCUCACGAUACCUCAAGCUCGUCUGUUCGCUCUGACGUUCGUGCGACCACGUUGGUCGAAUUUGUGGCGAACAUCAGGGCUCGGAGUCGUUUGGAGGCGUGGUCAUCCAUAAUGAACGCCGUCGCCAUGUCCCGGACAACUGAGAAGAUUGCGAGAACAUCCUCCCAACGGAAACACCGCGACACCGGAAACCCGGAACGGAUGGUCGCAGUCGUCUCCGGCCAGGUUCACACGGGUCUGUACCGACAGAACGCAUUGCUCAAACAGCUUCAUCUAGAUGAGAUGAUCAUGGCAAACCCAGCUCCCGCCGAGCUCACCGACCGCAGUCCCAUCUACGUCCAGCGAUCGCCCGAAGCGCUCCGCAGUUCACAAGAAAUACGUGGGCUUGCCCGACCCCUCUGCGACCAGCCCACCGACGAGAUUUACCUGACGCCUCAGCUACCUCUGCCUGCGAACGAUGUAACCGAGCGUCGAUCGCAUGUGCACCCUCACGAUUCAGCUUUCCUCACAUCUCCACAGGCGGCCCAACAGCUUAUCGACGUCAUCAAGAAACCACUGUUCGUCCCGGAAAGGCGCUGGGAAUAUGUCGCAUUCGCCAAAGACUGCUCGGAGUGGUGGACUCUACCAACUUCCAUCGAUUAA